GGCGCCCGGGAGCGGAGUGGCCAUGGCCUCGGGUGCGAGGCGCGUGUGCAGGGGAGGCGAGGCAUGGGAGCAGGUGGCGAGACAGCGCAAGCCGCGGCCAACCGACGGGCGGGCGCGGGUAGUGCGGGGCCGUCCUGCGGGCGCGCGGGGAGGGGAGCGGCGGAGCUGCAGGGGGCCCGAGCGGGGUUGGAGCAGCGGGGCAGGAGGCGAUCGGGCGCGAUGCACGCGCGCCCGGACGGCGGCGGAGCUCUUCCCGCCGGAGACCCGCUUGGAGACGCUCGCGCAGUGGGUGUGCGUCGGCGUCACUGUGGUGCUCCCGGCCGCGCUCGGCGCGCUUGUGCGUCUCUGGCUCGCCCGGUGCUGCUGUUGCGGCCGCGGCGGCGGCAGGCGAACGAUGGUGGCCCCCGGCCGCAGCGGCGCGUGCAUGCCGCGCGGCGCAUUCGAGGGUGAUCCCCGGACAUACUUCCGCGACCUCCGUGCAAAGAAGCCCCUGCUCCCAUGGCGGAUGGGAUCGCACUGGAGUAGAGGGAGAGAGAGGGGAUUGAGAAUUAGGGAGAGAGAGGGAUUAACUCGAGACACACGUCUUCACAGAGCCACCCACGUGCGUCUGGAAGCAUCGCUCGGGCCUGGAUCUCUGAAAACUGAUGAUUCGGCCGUUCCCAACGGGCCAGGGCCAAGGAUGCUUUAA